AUGGCUGACCUAAUCAACAAUACAAGUGAGGAGCUGGCAUUUUCACCUGCUGGGUCAACUGCAGAGCCACAAACAGCAGUAAGUAAAAAGCCACAAGAACACAACGGUUUGGAGGACAAAAGAAAGCUUACAGAUGAGGAGGAGGAGGAGGAAGAAGAUGAUGAUGAUGUGACCAGCUCUGCUUUUCUGGAGCCAAGCACUUUACCGUGGUCGGCAGACAAAAACAGCAGAGCCUUCACAGACCAGGAUGAUGGAAUCUCGUCAGAAAAAGGAGGAUCGGAGCUUGAAGAGAGGGACACGGGGAUCAGCAGAGGGAGCCAGGACCUGUCAGAGGAGCAGAGCCAGGAAGAGAGCAAUGUGAAGAGCAAGACCAAAUGGAGGGAGAGCAUGCCCGAGGGGGAGAGGUGGAGGGACGAUGAGAUUAAGGUGAAGCAGGGUGAUAAAGAGGAUGGCUCCCUCGCAGAUGAUGAGGAUGAGGAAGAUGAAGAGGAAGACGAAGGGGGAUUAACAUGGGUCUCGGAAAAAUCAUCUCCGGGUUUCACGCCGCAAGUCACGAUUUUGAAUCACUCCACGAAAGAGGUUCCCGAGGUGAGCAGGCCACUCGGAGAGAAGGAGGUGGAGCCGGAGAUGGAGCACGACUCUGUUGUAGAGGUUUACCCGGAGUGGACAACCAAUGACGGCAAGUACUACCUGUGUGAGCAUAUCUGCAAGGAGAAACUGAGGGUGGUUUUGGCGAUGGUGGCUGCAGCAAUACUUUUCCCUUUCCUGGUGUGGGGUGGUUACGCCCUAAUACCUUUUGAUUCGCCAAAGCUUGAAAGCGCCCCCCUCAGGGUGUUGUACACACUGCGCUGCGCGUUUUUUGCCAGCGUGCCCAUCCUGCUCGGCGUGGUGGUGCAGGGCCUCGCCCGGCUGCGUUACAGCGCGGUCAAGCCCCUCAUUCAGAGUAACCUGUUGAACAUACAAGUGGCCGUGCACUGGCACUACGUCAACGAAUCGCUCGGCCUCUUCCUCUUCUACUUCCUGCAGCUUGCUGUCAUGGCAACCUACAUCAGCCAGGACCUCAUCAAACUGGUGCCGCUGCUCACCAUCGUGUUUGUUUUUGGCAGGCUGAUCUACUGGCUCUGCCUCUCCCUGGGCAGCAGCGCCAGAGGCUUCGGCUUCGGCUUCUCCUUCUUCCCCAUACUGGUCAUGCUGGGCACCAACCUCUACUUCGUGUGCUCGUCGAUGGGACAAGACAGCGUCUUUGACGUGGCGCCGCCCACCUCGGCUCCUCCACCCAGGCGGCGCUGGUGGGGUUAA